CUUGUGUGUGCACUGUGCAGUGCAGUUGUCGGUGGUGUUGGGCUCACAGCUAGCAAUGGCGCUGCAGGCUGCCCAGCUCCUCUGUGCGCGUCUCCUGCUCGCCACGGCUUGGCUUUUGCUCGCCAGCGGACCGCAGUCGGUUGUGUCUUGUCCGAGUCGCUGUUUAUGUUUCCGAACCACUGUGCGAUGUAUGCAUCUGAAUCUGGAAACAGUACCAGCUGUCUCUCCGCAGACCACCAUUCUGGACCUAAGAUUCAACAAAAUCAAGGAUUUACAGCCGGGAUCAUUUAGUCGAUUAAAGAAUCUCAACACACUCCUCCUCAACAACAAUCAUAUACGAAGAAUACCCAGAGGAGCAUUUGAAGAUCUUGAAAACCUCAAAUAUCUCUAUUUGUACAAGAAUGAAAUCCAAUCAAUUGACAGACAAGCAUUUAAGGGGCUUGUCUCUCUUGAGCAACUGUACCUCCACUUCAACCACAUUGACUCACUGGAACCAGAAUCAUUCAGUCACCUACCGAAGCUUGAACGACUGUUUCUGCACAAUAACAGAAUCACACAGCUGGUCCCGGGAACCUUCUCAAAUCUGCAGGCCAUGAAACGACUGCGACUGGAUUCCAAUUCGUUGAACUGCGACUGCGAGUUGCUGUGGCUGGCCGACCUUCUAAAACAGUACGCAGAGUCAGGAAAUGCCCAAGCUGCCGCCACGUGCGACUACCCGAGCCGCCUGCAGGGAAGAUCGGUGGCCACGCUCACGGCAGAGGAGCUCAGCUGCGAAAUACCCCGAAUUACCUCAGAGCCUCAAGACGUAGAUGUUACAUCGGGGAACACAGUCUACUUCACCUGCCGGGCUGAGGGAAACCCCAAACCGCAGAUCAUCUGGCUCCGCAACAACAAUGCUCUUAACAUGCGAGAUGACAGUCGUCUGAACCUGCUGGAGGAUGGGACACUAAUGAUCCAGGAUACAAGAGAGACCGACCAGGGAGUCUACCAGUGCAUGGCUAAAAAUGUGGCCGGGGAGGUCAAGACCUCAGAGGUCACGUUGCGAUAUUUCGGAGCGCCUUCACGGCCAAGUUUUGUCAUCCAGCCCCAAAACACUGAAGUGCUGGUGGGUGAGAGUGUGACUUUGGAAUGCAGCGCCACGGGCCAGCCACAGCCCCGAAUCUCCUGGACCAAAGGAGAUCAGACACCGCUGCCCAGUGACGCUCGCAUCAACAUCACCCCCUCCGGAGGGCUUUAUAUUCAGAAUGUGGUCCAGGCCGACGGAGGGCAGUACACUUGUUUUGCCUCCAAUAAUGUUGAUACCAUUCACGCCACAGCUUAUAUUAUUGUCCAAGCAAUCCCCCAGUUCACAGUCACGCCACAGGAUCAGUCCGUCCUUGACGGCCACACCGUGGACUUUCCAUGCGAGGCUACGGGUUACCCCCAGCCCGUUAUCGCCUGGACUCGCGGAGGCAGCCCGUUACCUCUGGACCGCCGACACUCGGUCCUGUCUUCUGGUACCCUUCGAAUCACUCGGGUGGCGGCCCACGACGAGGGCCAGUACGAGUGCCAGGCGGUCAACCCAGUAGGGACUGUGCGCACCGCCGUGCAGCUCAACAUCCAACAGAGAGUAACGCCUGUUUUCACAAAUGCUCCAAGGGACGCAACGGUGGAGUCUGGCGAGGACGUCCAGAUUCCCUGCCGUGCUCAGGGCCAGCCACAACCUGUCCUUACCUGGAACAAGGAUGGUGUGCAGGUGACAGAGAGUGGUAAAUUCCAUAUCAGCCCCGAUGGCUAUUUGGAGGUAAAAGACGUGGGCACCGCCGAUGCUGGCCGCUACGAGUGCAUAGCCCGCAAUCCCAUUGGCUAUGAGGUCGCAAGCAUGGUGCUAACUGUCACAGUUCCAGAAGUAAGCAGGGAAGGCGACACCUUUGUGAGCACGUCCAUUGAGCAGGCAAUCCGAAAUGUGGACAGUGCCAUUGAGUCGACGAGGAGACGGCUGUUUGAUGGUCAGCCUCGUACCCCAGGAGAGCUACUUGCACUUUUCCGUUAUCCACGUGACCCUUACACAGUGGAGCAGGCUCGCGCUGGCGAGAUCUUCGAGCAGACUCUGCUUCUCAUCCAGAACCACGUCAACCAGGGUCUCACGGUGGACACCAACGGCACCGACUUUCGCUACAACGACCUGGUGUCCCCGCACUUUCUGGACGUGAUCGCCAACCUUUCGGGCUGCACCGCCCACCGCCGCAUCAACAACUGUUCCGACAUUUGCUUCCACCAGAAGUACCGCACUCACGACGGCACUUGCAACAACCUGCAGCACUCCAUGUGGGGGGCCUCACUCACCCCGUUCCAACGACUCCUGAAAUCCGUCUACGAUAACGGUUUUAAUCUCCCGAGGGGAGCUACGGAGCAGGCGCACAAUAGCUACAGGUUGCCCCUGCCCAGAUUCGUAUCCACCGCUUUGAUCGGAACCGAGACCAUCACUCCGGAUGAUCACUACACCCACAUGCUGAUGCAGUGGGGUCAGUUCCUCGAUCACGACUUGGACUCGACCGUGGCGGCCCUCAGCCAGUCGCGCUUCUCUGACGGAGAGCUGUGCACUCAGGUUUGCACCAACGACCCGCCCUGCUUCCCCAUCCAAUUCCCUCCCAACGAUCCCCGGCAGCUGAGGAGCGGCGCCCGCUGCAUGUUCUUUGUGCGCUCCAGCCCCGUGUGCGGCAGCGGGAUGACGUCGCUACUCAUGAACAGCGUGUACCCGAGAGAGCAGAUCAACCAGCUCACGGCGUACAUCGACGCCUCAAACGUCUACGGUAGUUCGCGGCACGAAUCCGAGGAGAUCCGCGACUUGGCCAGCCAACGGGGUUUGCUCCGGCAGGGAAUUAUUCAGCGUACCGGGAAGCCGCUGUUGCCUUUCGCUACGGGACCGCCCACCGAGUGCAUGAGGAACGAGAACGAAAGUCCCAUCCCCUGCUUUUUGGCCGGAGACCACCGUGCCAACGAACAGCUGGGCCUCACGGCCAUGCACACCGUGUGGUUCAGGGAGCACAACCGCGUAGCCACAGAGUUACUCCGGCUAAACCCCCACUGGGAUGGGGACACCAUCUACCAUGAAGCCAGGAAGAUAGUGGGAGCCCAGAUGCAACACAUCACCUACAGUCACUGGUUGCCAAAGAUCCUAGGCGAGGCAGGCAUGAAGAUGAUGGGGCCGUACACAGGUUAUGACCCCAAUAUUAACGCGGGCAUCCUCAAUGCUUUCGCCACUGCGGCAUUCCGCUUCGGGCACACCCUCAUUAACCCGAUACUCUACAGGUUAGAUGAGGACUUCCAGCCCAUCCCCCAGGGUCACAUCUCCCUGCAUCGGGCCUUCUUCUCGCCCUUUCGCAUCGUGAACGAGGGUGGCAUUGACCCGCUGCUCCGCGGGCUCUAUGGCGUGGCGGGUAAAAUGCGGGUCUCCUCGCAGCUAGUCAAUACAGAGCUGACCGAGAGAUUGUUUUCCAUGGCCCACGCUGUGGCCUUGGACCUGGCAGCCAUGAACAUACAGCGAGGAAGAGAUCACGGCAUACCGCCGUACAAUGAUUACAGGACCUAUUGUAACCUGACCUUGGCUCAGACCUUUGAGGACUUGAGGAACGAGAUUAAGAAUCCCGACGUCAGAGAGAAGCUACAGAGGCUUUACGGUACGCCUCUGAACAUUGACCUGUUCCCUGCCCUGAUGGCUGAAGAUGUGGUUCCUGGCAGUAGGCUCGGACCCACCCUCAUGUGUCUGCUGGCUUCUCAGUUCAAACGUCUGCGGGACGGAGACAGGUUCUGGUACGGAAACCCUGGAACGUUCACGCCUGCCCAACUGACUCAGCUGAAGCAGGCCUCUCUUUCUCGGGUGCUGUGCGAUAACGGCGAUAACAUCACGCGCGUGCAGUCGGACGUCUUCAGGGUGGCGGAGGUGCCGCAUGGCUACGGCAGCUGCGACAACAUCCCGCACAUUGACUUGCGCAUGUGGCAAGACUGCUGUGAAGACUGCAGGACCAAAGGUCAGUUCAACGCGCUGUCCUACCACUUUAGAGGGCGCAGGUCAGCCGAUCACAGUUACAAAGACAGCAGAGCUGCCGACGGCAUCAAGGAAAACAGUCCCUUGGAAGAAGCCAGAACAGAACAUGUCAAUGUUACGGUGACCUCAAAAAAAAGCACUGAUCCCCCAGCGAGUGAAUUCCAAGACUUUGUCUCCGACAUGCAGAAGACAAUCACAAGCUUACGCAAACAGAUUAGACGACUGGAAGCCCGUCUGAGCAAGACUGACUGCGUUGACGGUAACGGGCGUGAGCGGACAGAUGGAGAGCGGUGGAAACAGGAUUCGUGCACUCAAUGUGAAUGCAAAGACACCAGAAUCACCUGCUUUGUGGAGUCCUGUCUGCCGGCCCCGUGCAAACAGCCUGUCAAACUAAAAGGCGCCUGCUGCCCCAUGUGCUUGGAUGGAGCCAAGUGGCAAAAAGCAGACGGCAGCCAUGAGUAAUCCUCAGGACGUCCCUCCCGCUAAUCACACUCGAGUGUCUGAAACACUCAGACUUCCACUGAGAGGAGGAGACUCUUGAAGGUGUCGGCGCCCGCCAGUGGCCUCGAUACACCCCAUAGCCUCAUUGUUUUUUAUUUGUUCUUUUGUAUUCUUUUUUUUUUUUUUUUCCCAUGUUUUGUUAUUUUUGGAUCGCUGCCUCCUCUGGGAUGAAAUGGAUUUCAUGUCUGCUCCCGGAGGCCUCUGCAGUGCAACAAUUUAGUUUGCCAAAUCACAGGGCCGCCCGCCUGCCGCCGCCGGUUGCCAUCAGCCAGCAGGAAAGGGAAGUAGAUUGAGGAGGCCGGCCAGUGUUUUCUCAGGUUAGAGAUGCCGAAAACUGGUGCUAUUGUAUCCCUUAUGAACGAAUUAAUCACUAAAUACCUUUGAAGUAUUGCCAUUUGUAUGCAAAGCAGCUUAUAUCCACUUGAUAUCUGCCUAUUUUCUAUGCUAAAAUCACAAUUGAGAUCAGUUUAUGCAAGGUCAAAGAGGUUUUCUUUUCAUCUAAGGUGCUUUCAUGCCAUGUUGUAACAAUGGAUGUUUCUUCUUUCUCUUUUUUUUUUUUUUUUUUUUUUUUUUAAUCCAAACGAACAUAAUGUGAAGCCCUAUGAAAAUUGAACGGACAAAAAGAGAGAGAGAGAUGUCUACUGAUUUCUGCUCCUAAAUGUCUCUGCCGGCCGGCCCUCUCCGAUUACUGUUUCGUCGCGACCGUCCCGUUAUUGUCCUCAGUGCGCAAAGCCAAACGUUAACAUCUAGAAUGUAUGGAACUGUGAAACCAGGUCGGAGUAGAGGUUUCAUCUGUGGUGCUGUUUUAUCUACUGCCACACUAUUUGUCAUCAUCAUUCACACAAUUUGAAGGACUGCAAUGAUUACUGUUUUUUUUUUGCCUGCCAUGGACCUGCAGCACUGGAUUGCAUGCGUUCUGUUGUCAAACGUGUCGACUUUUACACAAAUCUGCUUUUACCUACCCCCCUUUAGUACUGAUACAUUUGGAGAGAUUUUCUGUACGUGUUUCAUUGCCAAACUUUGCGUUACGUCAUUUAGCCAAGCACGCUGCAGAGAGCACAGGUUUCUUUAACCCGCUGACCCUCAUUCCGCUGUAAUGGAAGCCAUAUGAGAGGUAGGAAAUAAUGUGCUGAAUGUUGAGAUACACACACAAUCAAAGCACAUAUAAUGUACAUAAAAAAACAAAUGCCAUUCAAUGCAGCGGCCGCUCGCUCACUUAUGUAACAUACAUCUUGUUUUCUUUCUUUGUCUUCCUGUUUUGUGACAAAGCAGCCGCAAUGUUCCCCUCCAUUGUUUUCUUUAUGCCGUAACGUCCUGAGCAAGCAUCUGUCACUAAACCGAAAUAAUACUGUCUGGAAUGUUCCAUUCAGGACGGGUUUUUACAUUAAACUACGUGUUUACAGUUCUUCUCUUUCCCGCGCCAGCAUCUAGUCCAGUUUAAUAUGUUGCUCCAAUGUUUCCAUUUUACUGCAUUAAUCUUGAAUGCCCAUGUCCUUAGCUCAUUAAUAGCAAAAUGCAAUUUGGCCCCACUUCCAAUGUUGUGUGCCAUAACAUUGCGAGGUCUCUGCUCCCUGGUGUGGGGGGGGGGGGAGUUUCUUUACAGUAACUUGCCCCUUUUCACCGCUUAAAAUCAUUCCCAAGUGUCAAUGGAAUGCACUGCUUUGCCAACACUGUCCCUUACAAGUGGUCAAUGUGGCUUUUAAUGCCAAAGAAUGGUUUGCACUGUAAUGUAUGCCUCUCAACAGUAAUAAAAAAAAAAAAAUCUGCCACA